GAAAACAUAUUACACUGAAAGUCGCUGCCUAACCCUACGUACACUGAAAACAUAUCCUCAAAUCCGUCGACGGAUUCCUCCAGCCGCGUCUCUCCCCUAACGCCCACCACCGACGGCGCUGCCUUCUCCGCCGACCGCCGCUUCCCCUGCCGCCUACUCCGCUGCCCUAUUCUAUCUGGUGAUAAAUACAAUGAGUUCAAAUCGUCAUUGGAUGUAUACACGAAUUAGAAAUGGUCUUCUCACUGAGGAAUUUUUGGCUGGUCUUGAAACUUUCAUCCUAUUUGCUACUAGUCAACAUAGCUGGAUGGAUGGAGAAAGAAUUAAGUGUCCAUGUACUCAGCGCAAGUGUCAAAACAUGAAGUUUUUAGAUGUGCCUACAGUGAAAUACCACUUAGCAAAAUAUGGAUUUGUAUCGGACUACUAUGUCUGGCGCUUCCAUGGCGAGAGCAAUGUGAGGGUAGAUGUUGAUCGAGAUGUUGGUGGCCCAUCUCAAAUGGCUAGUAAAGAAGCAUCUAAUGCUUACCACACAAUGGUUAUGGAUCCUGCUGGUCUUGAAUUUAAUGUGGAUGAAAUAGAAUAAUCGCCAAAUCCCGAGGCCCAAAAGUUUUAUGACAAGUUGAAAGUUGAAGAUCAAGAGUUGUGGCCUGGGUGUAAAAAGCACUCGCAGUUGUCUUUUGUAGCUCGAUUUAUGAGCUUGAAAUCAGAGAAUCACAUAACAGAAAAAUGUUUCAAUCAAAUCAUUGAACUUAUGAAAGAAGUUGUUCCGGAGGAUAAUCUAGUUCCUGACAACUUCUGUGAAACCAAAAGGCUACUACAGGGUAUGGGGUUGCCGGUUCAGAAGAUUGAUUGCAGCAAGAACAACUAUCACAAAUUGAAAAAGAAGAAUGGUAUAUUCAUUGAUGAGAGGUCAAAGAAAAUCACGGAAGAAAUACAAGCACGACAUGAUGCUGCAAUGCAAGAAGCUAAAGAGUCAACUGAGCCACCAAUUAUAAACAUGCCACAACUGUCUGUGGAUGUUGUUGGUGGGGUAAAGAAACAACGUAUUGAUGGCUUAGGGACUAAGGCUUCCUCAUUUACCAACGAGAAUAGUUGUAGUUCAUCUGCUACUUCACCACUUAAUCAAGAUGCAAUGAAGGAGAUGGUGACCCAACACUUAGAGACCAUGCGAGCUAAGAUGCAGGCCAAGAUGCAGGCUCAACUAAAAGCUCAUAUGGAGGCUAAACUACAAGCUGAAAGAGCUCAUAUGGAGGCUAAACUACAAGUUGAAAGAACUCAAAUGCAGACUCAAAUACAAUCCCAGAUUACAAGUUUGAUGGAUGAGUUGUGUCGCGGCGGCAUGCUGAUUGAUGAGUUGCUUUGCAACGGCAUGCUACCCACUUCUAUGCCACGACCUCCAACAACUCAAGCUGAACAUUUUGCUAAUUCAAAUGCUAAAAACGUAGGAGAUGAUUAGAUUAUGUUUAUUAAUAUAUUUGGUAUUGUUUCUAGCGAUGUAACACUACACAAUGUUAUACUUUUGUUAUUGUUAUUGAGUUUGAACUUUUUAAUA